AGUGAAGGGUGUUAAAUUUGAUCAUGAAAAGAGAGACGGUAUAAGGACGCAAAUUUCACGAAUAAUGAAGUAUGAUAUAGAACCUCCACUCAGUACAGUCCAUUACAGUAUAAGCUUUGCACCGGUGCGCACAAUAAAAGGAGAAGAUCAAGAUGACAUGUAUGUAUUGGAGAUCAAUUUUUACGCGGUGGACAAUUUGGCUCAACUUUACAGAGUAGACGGAGAAGUGUAUGAAAAACGUGAUGCAUGCAUUUCGAAACCACUAGAUAAAAAAAGGAUACAUUGUUUGGAACAAGAGAUUAAAGAUAAACAAAAAACUGCAGAACUUCAAGGAAAAAUAACAAAACUGAUUGCUGAAAAAGAAGAGAAAGAAAAUAAAAUUUCUUCAUUGGAACGUGAGAAAUCAAAACUAGUUAAAGAAAACAAAGAAUUAAUGAACAAAUCCAAAGCAUGUGUGAUUUUGUGAUAGACGGGAUAAGCGUUCAUGGUGACACUUUAUUUAAUGUUAUUUAUAAAAUACAACCAGAAGGGAAUUUGAGUUAUGUUGUAUAGAUUAAAAAGCAUUUACGUCUUGCCUGAUUGUGAAUCAGACAUACAAAGCUCAUGUUUUGGAACAAAAGAAACUGAAUAAUAUU